GUCCUUCACAAAUUAUCGAAAAAUGAGAGCUGUACUACUUCUUGCUGGUGCUUUCUUCCUUUUUGUGAAGAUCGAAGCCCAAGAUGUUGAUGCACUCCUGCAGAAUCAAGAAAUGGUAAAACGAGGAAUUGAUUGUAUUUUGGAGAAACAACCCUGCGAUGCCAUCGGAGCAUCACUUAAAAGCAUAUUACCAGAGGCCAUCAACAAUGAUUGCCGCCGUUGCUCUCCUGCUGUGGCAGCAAUUGUUAAACGUCUGACAAAUUUCAUGAAAGAAUCUCAUCCCGAUGAAUACAACUUAAUUCGGAAGCGUUACAGUGGUCUUCAAGGCUAAUUGAACAUACGAUUUGUAAAUAUUUUGACUCUCGAGACAGUCCCCAUAAUUGAAAAUUCAAGGAUCGAGUCAUACUCUUCUAUUUAAUGUUGACAUUUAUUUGAAAAUUUGCUGACCACUUGAGCUCAAAAGAAAAACAAAUCAAAAUCCAUAAAAUUUCAAUAGAUAAAUAUAAUUUUCCAAGAAAAAUAUGCCAGGGAUUUUCCCUCUAAAAUAUCAAUUUUCCGCUUCACUGUAAUAAUUUAACGAACGUCCGGUAAUUGAUCAUGAAGGGUAAAUAGAAAUGAAGUCCGAUUAUUUCAUCGACAACGAAAUUAUUUUUCCUGAAACCCGAGAACGAAAUAAUUAAUGGAAUAAUACACGACGAUUUUAUGUUAACAACAAUAUUUAUUACAUAAUAAUUACGAUAUAAUAAUAACUUCUAUGGAUUUACAGUACAUUGUCGCACUAAUGUUCUUAUUAUCAUAAUUAUUAAAUGAAAUGAUUACAAUUA